AAUGAGUGUAUAUUCCAAACCUUUAUUAAGUGCUGAGCUAAAUAUUAACAGUAGCUUAACCCGUUAACGCCCAAGGUGCCUUACAGUUUUGAAUCUUCAUAUAAAUUUUAUAUCAAUAGUAAAGUUCCAAUAAGGAAGUCUAUGGUGUUGUUCAAAAACAAAAUCUUCAAUAUAAGUUCUCUACAUGGUAAUCUUCUCCAGCACAACUUCUAUACUAUCGAGGCAAACAAGUGUAAGAUGUAAAAACUACCCAAAAUAAUGGACAAAAAAAUAUAACGAUUAUAUUACAUUACGGCUUUCUACAGAAAUGACUCUUUUGUCGCUCCUUGUUUGAUCAAAUUUAAACUGUUGAAUUCUGCAAGACCAUGCUGAGAGUGCCUGGGUUCGAUUCCGAUUGGUGAGAAAUUCUAGGAGUAAAACUGGGAUCGAUUCACAGAAUUUGUCCCUGGAACUGGGUCUCCAGUUAGCUUAGUAGUUAAAGCUCCUCUCUCUCUCUCUCCUCUUCUUGGCGUAACGUCCUCACUGGGACAAAGCCUGCAUCUCAGCUUAGUGUUCUAUGAGCACUUCCACAGUUAUUAACUGAGAGCUUCCUCUGCCAAUGACCAUUUUGCAUGUGUAUAUCGUGUGGCAGGCACGAAGAUACUCUAUGCCCAAGGAAGUCAAGGAAAUUUCCUUUACGAAAAGAUCCUGGACCGACCGGGAAUCGAACCCGUCACCCUCAGCAUGGUCAUGCUGAAUACCCGUGCGUUUACCGCCUCGGCUAUAUGGGCUAUAUGGGUAGUUAAAGCUAUGGAUCACCAAUCCGGAGACGGCGGGUUUGAUUCCCGUUUCGGUCGGGAAAAUUUUCUCGACUCCCUGGGCAUAGUACAUCAUUGUACUUGCCUCAUAAUAUACAAAUUCAUGCAAUGUCAGGCAAAGAAAGUCCUUCAAUUAAGAACUGUAGAAAUGCUCUAAGAACACUAAGUUGAAGAGAGGUAUGCCAAAUUCCAAUGCAAACGUCGAGCCAUAAAGAAGAAAAAGUCCCUGGAAAAAUCCCUGAAAGAAUUCAAGAGCAACCUCCCAGGAGCAAUCAAUAAAAGAAUGCUGGAGUAAUUCCCUGCAGAAACUUAAAUAGGAGUCCCGAGAGGAAUCUUUGAUGGAACCCCGGAAGGAUUCCUGAGGAAAUAAUUGAAAUAAUUGAAAUAAGGAUUUUCUGAAAUAAUCUCGUGAGAUAUCUCCGAUAAAAUUCCUGCCGAAAAUGUUGAUCGGGAGGAAUACCUGAAAGAAUGCCGGAAGUAAUCCCAUGAGAAAUUCCGGGAUAAAUCAGUAUAGGAAUAAAUGAAGGAAUCCCGGAAGGAGUCAAUGAGGGAAUCCCGGAAGUAAUUGAUAACGUAAUUCUAAAGAGAAUUCCUGAAGGGCUCUUUGACAGAAUCCUGGGGUAAUCCAUACGGAAAUUUUAGGAGGAAUCCCUAAAUAAAACUCGAGAAGGAUCAACGAAUGAAUCCGAAAACAAUCGCCGCGAAAGAAUCCCUAUCGUGAUAAUUUUCUGGGGGAAUCUUUGAAGAAAUCGUAGGAAGAAUCCCUGAUGGAAACUCCAAAGAAAUUAAAAAAAAAACAGAAGUUCUCAAAGGAAUCACAUGAAAAAUCUAUGAAGAUAUCCCGGAAACAAUCAUUGAAGGAAUCCCUGAAUAUAUAUAGAAAGAAGUUGUAAAUAAUCAUCGGAUAAAUGCCUGAAAGAAUUACGGAAGAAGUCCCAGGAGAGCUGCCCUAAAGAUAUCCGUGAGAAAUCAAUUAUGGAAAGUCGGAAGGAAUGCUGGGAUAAAUCUCUAAAUCAGUGAUCCUCAGCCUAAUUGUCUUUGCGGGCCAAAAUUGAAUUUUGAAAGCAUUCUGCGGGCCGCAAGUCAUUUAAGAGUUUAUUUCUCGGUUUAUUUUCAACAAUUUUCAUGGUUCAACACAAAAUGCAUUUGUUUGAUGUUUUAAAGUGAGAAGAAAUAGCAUUCAAAAUUCACGAAUAAAAAGAUUUUUUUUAAAUAUUGAACGUGAGCAAAAAUUUAACAUCCUGGAGGUUUUUUGGGACUUCUCGUGGAUUUUGAGAAAUUUCAGAAUGAUUUAUAGGGUUUUAUAGGGUUCUCGGAAGAAUCGGAAUUUCUGGUUGAAGAUACUGUUUUGGAAGUCCUUGGUGAUCUUUUUUUAGUUUUUCUUGCGUAAUUUCUUAAGAGCCCAUUAGACGUGCAAAUAUAUUUGUCAUUGUAGUCCGACAUUUAUCCAAGGUUGCCAUGAUUCACGUUGUGUUGGUCAUUUGUUGGGCUUGUUUGGCCAAAUAUUUGUCAUCAUAGCAAACAGUCUAAUGGCACCUUUAGGAAGCAAAUGAGGAAAACCUGCAGACAUGAUUUUCAAGUAUUUGUAGCCGAAUUGGAAUAGAUAUUUUAAGAGGAAUUCUCUUUAGUAUUGCUAGUGGAAUGAAAAGUAUGUUAUCUAACUACUGAAGUUUAUAGCGAAAUUUCGAAAGUUUAACACUUCCUUUAGAAGAAAUUGUAGGCAAAAAUAUUGAAAAUUUUGAAGUAGUAUCUACAAGAAAUUUUAUCGCCGACGGAAACAAAAUGGAAAUUAUUUUAAUUUUAUUUUUGUGAAAUUAAACAAAUUUCUAAUAACGAGUUCUACCACAAGUCCAAAAUCUAUGGCAGAGAACCUGUGAAAACUAGCAAAAACUCAUUCUUAAAGCGAAUCACAUCGUUCUUAACAACAGUUUCGAAUAUUUUCAAACAAAAUUCGAAAAAAGUAGCCUUUUACAGUUUUUAUAUCUUUCAAACAUCUUUUGAUAAACUUCAAAUGAUUUUGGAUAAACUUCAGUAGUUAAUAUUCAUUCUCAUGAAAGUUUUAAAAUAUGGUGAAUUUUCUGGUUUUCAUUAUGAAAUUUAUGAGUGGGCCACUUACUAAAACAUUCCAAAAUAAGUUCGCGAGCCGCACAAAACCUGGUCGAGGGCCGCAUGCGGCCCGCGGGCCGCAGUUUGGUGACCACUGCUCUAAAUGAAGCUUCGGAAGAACAUUUGAAAGAAACCCUCAAGAUUCAUCUUGGGAGGAAAUCCUAAAGAAAAUCCAGUGAAAAUAAAUAACAAAAUUCUGCGAAGAACUCCUAUAAGAUGUCCGGAAGAAAUCAAUUAAAGGAAUCCCGAGUGGAAUCAAUGAAGGUACCGUAAGGAAUUUGUGAAGAAAUCCCGGAAGGAAUCCUUAAUGGAACGCCAGUAAAUAACACUGAAGGAUUUCCAGAGAGAAUCAAUGAAAGAAUCGCAGGAGAAAUUCUCAAUGGUAUUCCAGAAAAAAAACAACCUGAAGAAAUCCUUGACAAAUUCCUACAGAAAUCACUGAAGGGAUCGCAGAAUUUCUUAAAAGUUUCUCAGGAGAAACACCUUCAGCAAUCCCGGGAGGAAUACUUGAAAAAAAUCUGGAAGAACCCCGGGUUUAAUUCCAGGAGGAAUCCUUGAUAGAAUACAUGAACGCGCGAAUCCUUUGAAAGCUCCGAGAGGAAUACAGAGAGGAUUAUCUAGAGGAAUAAUAAGAUGAACCCUGGGAGCUAUUCUUGGAGAAAUCCAUAGAUAAUUAUCGGGAAGAAUUUCUGAAUAUUUUCAUAGAUAACCUUCGUGUCACACCAAACUCAGACUAAACUUCUAACUAAAGAUAAUUUAAACAGAAGUUUCACAUCCGUAUGAACAACUCCACCGAAGACAUGAACUUCAACUUUCAAAUAGAGUAAGGUGGGGCAAAAGUUAGACCCUAGUUGAAAAUUCAAUAUUUUUCUAAAAACCAAAUCAGAUAAAAAUAAAUGUAUACCGUGUGGUGAUUCUACCAUCCAUGAGAUAAAAUUUUGCUGACCAAAAUUACACCAAAUGUCUUUCCAAUUUUGAGUUACCUGCCGAUAAUACCCAUAGUCAUCCUAUUUCAUCCUGAAAUUACUCCCAUUUUUUACGAUAUGUCCUUUCCCAGGAUUUCUCCCGCUGUUCCUCUCAAAGUUUCGUCUUCCCGGGAGGGAGGUAUUCUGAUGAAAUCACUUGGGGAAACCUCAGCAAAAAACUUCGGUUGCAAAUAUAGAGCAAUCCAAUAAGGAACAUAUAGAAUCCCGGGACAGUAUCCGAUGGGAAUUCCGGGCAGAACUUUAAAAUUUAUGCCGGGAAAAUCUAUAAAAAAAAUCUCAGGAAGAUCACCGCUAGAAACGACUACGAGGAAAAGCUUGAAAAAUCUCUGAAAUAAAUUGCGAGCAGAGCUCCAUGAAAAUUAUCAGCACAAGCGCCUGUAGAAACUCCAAAACAAAGCAACUCUGGAAUUGGCUCCGGAAAGAAAAAGCCCAAGAUAAAUGACAAAACUCUACGAGAUCUCUAUGGACAUCCCGGUAGUAACACUGGAAGAAAUGUUCUAAGAGAAGUUCCGGGAGAAACUCCAACAGAAAUCUCAGGCGCAACUUCAAGAGACAUCCCGCGAGAAAUUUAUCCUUAUUUACAGGAGAAAUAGUCCCUCCAGGGACUCAGGGAGCAAUACAAAGAAAACUCGUGAAACCGGGAAGAACUUCAGCAGAAAAAUUUGCGAACAACUCCUGAAGAAAUCCUUGGAGAAUUUCAAUAGCUAUCCCAGAAAUAACUCCUGUAGAAACUAUGGGACAUAUCCCGGGUAGAACUCCUGGGGAAAUUCCAGUUCCAGAAGGAAUCGCAAAAAAACAUUCGAAAAGAAUUCCGAGAGAAACUUCCGAUAAAAAUUUUGGGACAACAUCUGAGAAAUAUCCUGAGAGAAUUUUCUGUUCAGAUCCCACGAGAAAUCUCAAGAUUUGUUUUACAACAUCUGAGAAAUAUCCUGAGAGAAUUUUCUGUUCAGAUCCCACGAGAAAUCUCAAGAUUUGUUUUAUGUAAAAUGCAGGAGAAACACCGGUAGAAUCCCAUGAGAGACUCUGUGAGCAAUAUUGCCAAGCAAUAAAAAAACGAUGGAAUGAAUUCUAAAAAGAAAUUCUGCAGAAUUUGCGUGAAGAAAUUGGUUGAAAUUCAGGAAUCCUGGAAGAUUCUCAAGGAGAAUUCCCGGAAAGAAUUGUUCAAAUCUUAGAAAAAAUGCUGGUAGGAAUCCGGAAGAACCUGAGGGAGGAAUUCAAGAAGGGAUACAAAAAAGUUAUCAUAAAAAGGAAUAAAAAAAUAAUGUCGUAUGGAAGGAAUCUUAAGAAAAAUCCUGGAAGGCAUUCCAAGAGGUAUCUCGAUAGAAGUACCAGAUGGAAACCCUGGUAAAGUUUCUAAAAAAACCUUGUUGAGGAAUUUGUGGGUAGAUUUUUACUUCCAGAUAUAUUUUUUUGAUCUAAUACCUCUUCUCUAAUAAGAUUAUCCAGAUUCCAUCAUAAUCUAACUUGAUUUUCAAAUAAUCAUCCGGAAGAAUCUUCAGCCUAAAUCUUAAGCUUCCUGUAUCUUCAUGAGCCACAAGCUUCCAGUAAGAACUUGCAUUACGCGACAAAUAUUUGACAGUUCUAUAAUAUACACUUGUAGUGAAAGCUCAUGUACGAAUGAAGCAAAGAUUUUUAAUGUAUAAUACAUAUUGCAAAACCUACGUAUUUAUACCAUCAAUGUACUAAAAUCUGUGGACUUCACUUUCUACAAGUGGUAAAGGUUGUAAAAAUAUAUAAAAAAUGUCUUUUUUUCAAUAAAAGUUUCAGAAAAUAUAAAAUUUCCUCCUUCAGGAUUCUCUUCGCGUGCUCUGCCAAAAGUUCUUCCAGAAAAUUCCCGGCAAAAACAGGUUUUAACUAAUGUUGCCUUCUUAUUCUUUUUGCCGUAACGUCCCCACUGGAACAAAGCCUGCUUCUCAUCUCUUUCACAGUUCCACAGUUAUUAGCUGAGAUCUUCUUCAUCUGCCAAUGACCGUUUUGCAUGUAUAUAUCGUGUGGCAGGCACGAGGAUACUCUGUGCCCAAGGAAGUCAAGGAAAUUUCCACAACGAAAAGUUCAUGGGUCGUCCAGGAAUCCUGUUGUCCUCAGCAUGGUCAUGAUGAAUACACACGCCUUUACAUCUGUCGAUACAUAGAAUGUUACCUUCAGAAUACCUAAAAAAUUAGAAUAUCUAUAAAAAAAUUUACAAGAUACUCUUCCAGAGAUUUUCCUGCAGUAUUUCCAGAAAGUCACAAGUUUUGGUAAACUUUUGGAAUUUUCUGUAGGUUCUUAGAGAUUUAUACAGAAGUUACACUAUGAGUUUAAUUUAAGUUCUCUUUGGAAAUUUCACCUUAGGUACAUUUCUAAUUGUUGUUGUCGUUGCUAUGCAUAGUUCCCGUUCGUUCCCGUUGCCGUGAUAUCGGAACGGUUUUUUUUGCGUGUAAGACCAAAAAGGGAAAGAAACAAGUGAAGAUUAAAAAAUUCUGUGCAUUCUGGAAUCUGUUUCAACCGCUAUGAAUGCUGUCAAUUGCGGAAGCAAAUUUGGACUAAAUUUCUGAUCCUUCAGUUCACUCAGAAGGAGAAUCGAUAUUUCGCUAACCAGGAUAGUGUACCGGUAUGGGGAACUUGUUGUUUUUUUUUUCAUUCUAUGAAGUUUUGUCACGAAAUGAUAUUUCCUGCGAAUACAUCCGGAAUGGUAACAGUAAAUUGGAAAAAUGAACUGUUAAUAACCAGGUGUAAGGAACUGCAUGAUGGUAAAACUUGGGUAACUUGAUUUGGUACUGUAGUUUUAAUAUUAUAAUUUUUGAUAAUUUUGAAAUAGUGGGAGGGACUAGUAUUUUCUUUUCGUUUCAGAGAGCGAGUAAAGGCGCUUAAGAAUAGGCAUAAGGGCCAGGGCAUAAGGGGUAAAUACCUGUGUCCCAUCCCAGGAUUCCAAGGACCAAGGAAUGACAUUAACCUUCUUAGCAACGUCAUUCCCACCGUUAAUAUUUCAUAUUCAUGCUUCGUAUACGGAACGGUUGGUACGAGAUGUCCCCGUUCUUUGAUUUCAAUAACAAUAACAACGCUGCACAGUAGGCCUGGCCGCUUUAAUGUUUGUAACACAUCUCAGAUGUGCUGCAAGGAUUAAUAAUGACAAGAAAAAUCAUGGAAUUAGUCGAUUCCAUCAUUUUCCAGGAUUCUUUCAAUGAAUGGCUGUGCAUGUGUAGACCAGUGGUGGAAAGCAUCAUGCGCUUGACGUGUUUUUUGGUUCGCAUCAAACACAAUCUUUGCUCACGCGCUCGCGAACCCAAAAAGAGAGAACGGUUCACGAUUUCCCGGAUCGACGAACCAACACAAAACAAAUGUCGAAUGAGCAGAAUCGCAGUUGGUUCGCCAGAAGGAUCAGAAUGUAGAACACUUGGUUUGUUGCCAUUUUUUGUACACUUAAAGGUAAUUAGUUGGAUGUUUUUUGAUUAUACUGGUCAGGUACCAUUCCAAUAAAUGAUAUCGACGAAAAAGUUUACCAAAAUUUGAUUUCAUUACAGAAAUAUCGGCCGCGAACCUCUAAAAUAAAAAAGCAUCGCGCUUGCAAAAGAUGCGAUGCACUCGUUGGCGUUCGUGUCGUACGAUCGUGAGCCGCAGACGUACGAACACCACCGCACAGCAAAGGUUUGCGAUGCGAUGGCAUUUUUUUGUAGCGCGUAAGCACACGUUCGCGAGCAAUUUCCACCACUGGUGUAGACUAGACUAGACUAGACUAGUUCUCUUUGGAAAUUUCACCUUAAAUUCCUCCAAAUAAUCUAUUCGGAAGUGUUGGGGACAACAUUAACGCGGAUAGUCCCUACCUAUGCCGCCGCCGCUGGACUCGCGGGCGACCGAACAUCUGUCACCCUUUGAUGUCGACACAGCGCAUACAUGUGUAAUUGUUAUUGAAUGAAUGUUGUCCAAAUGUAAUGUAUGUAAAUAAAGUUAGUUUGUUAUUGUUCGUUUUAUCGUAACAACGCGAUUUUAAUUCGUCGUCCGAAUUAUAUGUUUUAAUUUGUUUCUCGCGCUAAUGACCGCAGUACGCGAGUUCGGCCACCACGUACGGGCGCGGGAUACAAAAGUGGCGACUUCGGGAGUGGUUAAUAUUGCGAAAAGUCGUUAAUUAAUUAGCCACCGUGUCACCCACGGCGAAGCGGCGAAGAAUGAGUGAGGGUAGUGCUGGUCAGAUCCCGUCGCAAAAUGGGAACCAGCAGCCUCCGUCGAAUGUGCAGCAGCAGUUUCGACCGCCGCCGGUAGUGAAUGUGCCCCCUCCCAGUGCGAGUUUUCCUCCGCCCGGACAGAUGGACCCGUAUCUACUGUGGUUCCAGCAGCAGCAGCAGAAUUAUGUUGCUGAACUUUUCCGGCAGCAGCAGGAGGUGCUUCGACAGCAGCAGGAGGUGAUGCAGCAGCAGCAGCAAUCAUUCAUGGCCCAGCAGGAACAGGUAAUACGGAGCAUCCUGACGUCGAUCCAGGUACAGGUUCCGUCGAAUCCGGAGGCGAUUUUGGACUCGCUUGCCAGCAACAUCAAGGAGUUUCGCUACGAUCCGGAUAAUAAUGUGACGUUUGCUGUUUGGUACAGUCGGUACGAAGACCUUUUUGAGAAGGAUGCCAGCCGGCUGGACGGGGAAGCGAAAGUGCGAUUGCUGAUGCGGAAGCUGGGGAUGUCGGAACACGAAAGGUACGUCAGUUUCAUUCUACCGAAAGCGCCGAAGGAGUUCGACUUUCCGACGACGGUGAAGAAAUUGAGUGCUUUGUUCGGUGCUGCCGAGUCCGUCAUCAGUCGGAGAUAUCGUUGCCUGCAGAUUUCGAAGCAGCCGCAGGAGGACUACGUUUCGUACGCGUGCCGCAUCAAUAAAUCAUGUGUGGAGUUCGAGUUGUCCAAGCUUUCGGAGGAGCAGUUCAAGUGCCUCGUGUUUGUGUGUGGACUGAAGUCGGACAAGGAUGCGGAAGUGCGGCUGCGGCUUUUGUCGAAGAUCGAGGAGCGGAACGAUGUGACGUUGGAGCAGCUGUCCGAAGAGUGUCAACGAUUGUUGAAUUUGCGACACGAUACGGCGAUGAUCGAGGAGCACUCGACCGCCGUGAAUGCCCUGAGGACGAAUCAGCAGCGGUUCAAGAAUGGAUCACCGUCGAAAUUCCACCAGUCCGGUGGGGAGAAAAGUGGUUCCGGAUCAAGUAGCGGCAAGGCAAUUCCGGAAAUAGCGUGCUGGCUCUGCGGAGGAAUGCACUACGCCAGAGAAUGCAGCUACAAGAGCAGCAAGUGCAACGAUUGCGGCAAGGUUGGCCAUAAAACUGGCUAUUGUAGGAGUGCAGCGAAGGUCAAGCCCCGGCGAUGGAAGCAAAAUGUCGCAUCGACGAAAGUAGUGACCGUCAACUCGUGCAGUGUGCAGCAGCGUCGGAAGUACGUACCGGUCGGGAUCAACGGAUCGCCAGUGCGUCUGCAAAUAGAUACCGGUUCCGACAUCACCAUCAUUUCUUCGAAAUCGUGGAGGAAGAUUGGCAGCCCUUCAAUGACCGUGUCGACGGUCGUAGCCAAGUCAGCGAGCGGUAGGCCCCUGCAGAUUGAAGGUGAGUUCACAUGCGAUCUUUCCAUUGAUGGACGAGUGAUGCGUGGCACGGUACGUGUUACGAAGGAGGAGCUCCACCUACUGGGUUCCGACAUGAUCGAUGUUUUUGGAUUGUGGUCGGUUCCGUUGGACUCCAUUUGUAACCGUGUCAGCAGUACUCCAGCCAGCGUAAGCAAGCUGCAAGCCGAGUUCCCGCGAGUGUUCGCUGGUAGUCUCGGGCUCUGCAAGAAAGCGAAGGUGCAGUUCCAGCUGAAGACCGGAGUGACCCCUGUGUUUCGGCCGAAGCGUCCGGUUGCGUACGCGAUGUACCAGGCAGUCGACAACGAGCUGGACCGAUUGGAACGUGCGAAGAUCAUCACACCGGUAGAUUUUUCGGAGUGGGCAGCUCCGAUUGUGGUGGUCCGUAAGGCGAAUGGGAAGAUCAGGAUCUGCGGAGACUAUUCGACGGGACUGAAUGAAGCGCUGCAACCUCAUCAGUAUCCGUUACCUCUGCCGCAGGAUAUCUUCGCCAAUCUUGCAAACUGCACGGUCUUCAGUCAGAUUGACCUGACGGAUGCGUUUCUGCAAGUGGAGGUGGACGAAGGCUCUCGUAACCUCCUGACGAUCAACACGCAUCGUGGCCUGUACCGCUACAAUCGUCUUCCGCCGGGAGUGAAAGCUGCACCCGGAGCAUUUCAACAGCUGAUCGACACGAUGCUGGUCGGAUUGAAAGGAGUGAGCGGCUACCUGGACGACAUUGUUGUAGGCGGCGUCGACGAAGAAGAUCACAACAGGAAUCUUCGUGCGGUGCUGCAGCGGAUCCAAGAGUUCGGAUUCACCAUCCGAGCGGAAAAGUGUAGCUUCGGGAAGAGCCAAAUCCGCUAUCUGGGGCAUCUGUGCGAUCGGCACGGAAUACGGCCUGAUCCGGCAAAAAUCGAAGCGAUCCAGAUGCUGCCUGCGCCGAAGGACGUCAGCGGAGUUCGUUCUUUUCUGGGCGCAAUAAACUAUUACGGAAAGUUCGUGCCCAACAUGCGCACGCUUCGGUUCCCGCUCGACGAGCUGCUGAAGGAAAAAGGAGAGUUCCGUUGGACCGCCGAGUGUCAGCGUUCUUUCGAUCGGUUCAAGGAGAUCCUUGGUUCCGACCUUCUGUUGACCCACUACGAUCCGCGACGAGAGAUCAUCGUUUCGGCGGAUGCUUCAUCGAUCGGCGUCGGCGCGACUAUCAGCCAUAGGUUCCCCGACGGUUCAGUGAAGGUGGUUCAACACGCGGCACGUGCGCUUACGAAGGCGGAGAUGGGCUACAGCCAGCCGGAUCGCGAAGGACUGGCAGUGGUGUUCGCUGUAACGAAAUUCCACAAGAUGAUUUUCGGCAGGAAGUUUCGUUUGCAGACCGACCACGCACCUUUGGUUCGGAUUUUCGGCUCCCGGAAAGGUAUUCCGGUGUACACGGCGAACCGUCUUCAGCGUUGGGCGCUGACGUUGCUGUUGUACGACUUCACCAUCGAGUACGUGCAAACGGAGAAGUUCGGGAACGCCGAUGUCCUGUCGAGGCUGAUCAACAACCACGCCAAGCCUGACGAGGAUUACGUGAUUGCGAGCGUGAUUCUGGAGGAGGAUUUGCGGUUUGUAGCGGACGAAGCAGUAAGCUGUCUUCCGCUCAGUUUCAAGUCGGUGGAACAGGAGACGCAAUCCGAUGAACAGCUGCGCAAAGUGUACCGCUACCUUCGAGAAGGCUGGCCGGAAGAGGCGAAGAUCGUGGAUCCGGAAAUACGCCGGCUCCAUGGCAGACGAGAUUCGCUGUGCACCGUUGGGAAGUGCAUCAUGUUCGGAGAACGCUUGGUGAUUCCCGAGAAGCAUCGGCAGCGGUGUCUGCGGCAGCUGCACCGGGGGCACCCCGGAAUCCUACGAAUGAAGGCGUUAGCGAGAAGUUAUGUGUAUUGGCCGUCGAUUGAUGAGGAGAUUGCCCAGUACGUGAAGGCGUGUAAGCACUGCGCUUCCGUAGCAAGGAGUCCACCGAAAGAAGCACCCGUUCCGUGGCCACGACCAACUGGCCCAUGGAAGCGAGUUCAUGUGGACUACGCCGGUCCCAUCGACGGAGUACACUACUUGCUGGCAGUCGACGCGCAUUCGAAGUGGCCGGAAGUGGUUCCAACACAACGGAUCACUUCCACAGCCACGAUCAGCAUCUUGAGAAGCAUCUUUGCCCGGCUGGGAAUGCCUGAAACGCUCGUCAGCGACAACGGGACGCAGUUCACGAGCAGCGAGUUCCAGCAGUUCUGCAGCGACAGUGGCAUCGAUCACGUCACCACGGCACCGUUUCACCCGCAGUCGAACGGUCAGGCUGAAAGGUUCGUGGACACGUUCAAGAGGGCGUUGAAGAAGAUCCAGGAGGGGAAGGUCGGCGUUGGAGAAGCGUUGGAUGUUUUCCUGUUGACCUACCGCACAACACCGAAUCGACAGGUCGACGAAGGUAAAUCACCGUCCGAAGCAAUGUUCGGCCGGCGCAUCAGAACAAGUCUGGACCUGCUUCGCCCUCCACCAGAGCGCCCACCGAGUGACGAAAAGGAAGGAAACCGAAGGAGCUUCUCUGCACACGAUGCCGUUUAUGCGAAGGUGUACAGCAACAACAAGUGGCGCUGGGCACCUGGAACGGUGUGUGAGAAGAUCGGCAAGGUGAUGUACACCGUCUGGGUUGAGAAUCAGCGGAUGGUUCGAGCGCAUGUUAACCAGAUGCGCAGUCGUGGCGGUACUACACCAGGUAGCAGCAGGCCGCAGUCAGCACUGCCUCUAGACGUUCUGCUGGAUGCGUGGAGCAUUCCGAGAACUGCGCCGCCAGUCCCAACACCAUCUUUGUUCCCGACGGACCCCACGGACUCGUCAAGAGAGUUCCCACCGUUGCCACCUGUGCCGUCUGCGUUCUCGUCGGUGUCUACGUCCAUGUCCUCGUCAUCAUCGUCAUCUAUGUCUGCUACGUCAGCAUCCCCGGAGUUCGCAUCGGCAGAUAGCGAACCAGUUACUCCAGUACAGCUUCCACGAAGGUCUUCUAGAGCUCGAAGGCCUCCACAGUGGUUCGACCCGUACCAUCUCUAUUGAGAAGGGGGGAUGUUGGGGACAACAUUAACGCGGAUAGUCCCUACCUAUGCCGCCGCCGCUGGACUCGCGGGCGACCGAACAUCUGUCACCCUUUGAUGUCGACACAGCGCAUACAUGUGUAAUUGUUAUUGAAUGAAUGUUGUCCAAAUGUAAUGUAUGUAAAUAAAGUUAGUUUGUUAUUGUUCGUUUUAUCGUAACAACGCGAUUUUAAUUCGUCGUCCGAAUUAUAUGUUUUAAUUUGUUUCUCGCGCUAAUGACCGCAGUACGCGAGUUCGGCCACCACGUACGGGCGCGGGAUACAAAAGGAAGACACUUCUAUUAGACAUUUUACAAAAAGUUUGUCAUGGACUACAGGGGAGGCCAAAAUGUUUGGCAUAGGCAACCUUUUUUUUAUCUCACAAAAAAGUUCAACAUGCUGUAACUUUUCAUAGAGUGCAUCAAAAAUUCUCAAUUUUGACUGUUUGUCAACCUAUUAUAUGUGCAUCAUUGGUACAAAAUUGAGCCCGGUUGGUUAAUCUUUCCCGACGCUAGAACCGUUUUCGUAAAACACUGUUUAUCAGACAGCUGAUUUUUGAACUGUCAUAUCUCAGAAACCAGUGAACCGAACUGAAUGAAAUUUUGAACGUUUAUCAACAAUAUAUUAGUGUUUCACAAGUAUAGGUACUUUUCAAACAUAGGUACUUUUCAAACAUCUAAAAAAGUUAUCAUGGAUUGACACUUUUUGGAUUUUUCUCGAAAAAAUGUAUCUUUUUACAUCAAUGUCAUUAAAUUUUAGUUUUGAUAUCCAAAGAAAUUUUACUUCUGUUCUUAAGAUAUUUCUAAUUAGAUGUAUUAGAGCCUAUUUGGAUUGAAGGAAGAACAUAUUUAGUAAUUCUUGUGUGGUAUUGUAAAUUUGACUUACUUUACUCUAUAUAGGUGAAAAUGUCAAACCGGUAUAACUUUAUUCGUCGUGAGAAAAUAUUACAUUUUAUAAUGCUGCAUGAAGUACCAAGUUUAUACAGGUAUACCUCGAUUUAAUGGACAUUUCAGUUUUUGAAAUGUCUAUAAAAUAGAAUUUUACAUAAAAUCGAUAG